AUUCAUCAGCCAGUCUCUGACAGACACGCGCAGCAUCGUCCCAAGAAGGGACAGCGUCAUGCUCCGUGGACGUUGACGAAACAUGCCCUCUCACGGUGUCAGACUUCCAUAUUACACCACAGAACAGACGUUGAACUGAGCAUCAAGCUUCGCAAGGACCAGGCACAGUCAACGGCGAGGACAAUAAUCAGUCUAGACUCUAGACCUAAACCGAGACCAGAACCCCACCAAAGGGUGAAUGAAGUGUUAUUAUCCAACAGGCUGUGGGAGAAAGGCUUGACAGGCCAAAUAGGGCUCCAGCUAAGAAAAAAAGAGGCCGACCAAGAAUCGCCAAUAGUCGGCGAUCUGGCGCCUAUCCACAGCCACACCCCUCCAUUACCCCUCCUUCGCAUCACGCCCUCUCAACUCUCGCGCAUUGGACGUCCUCCUUCGCUUGAUACCGUUCAGAACCCCCAUUCCAGCCCAUUCCAGCCGAGCAACCAGUCAAGCCAUGGCGGCCCCGGUCCAGUCAGCCCGUACGCUGCUGCGGUAUCCGCAAACGCGCGAGCACACACACACACACACACAUGA